GUCCGGACUGCAGAGAUUUAGCAGCUCGGUGGGAGAAGAAGAAGAAGGAGGAGGAGGAGAGAAAGAAGAGUCGUUUUUCGGACCUGGUUAUGUUGUAAUAUGUUUUUUCCCCCCAUCUCUGGUUGCUGGAAACUUUUUUAAAAACAACCGACGUUUAUUUUGAUUUUUUAAAAAGUGUUUUUGUCGAUAUUUUGGGAUGAACAAUGGACCGAGAGGAGGUGUUGUAACGCAGUAACGUCACCCAGCAGAUUCGGUCUGUUCCGUCAACAGUUUUGUUUGUCGUAAAAUAUGUCCGCGAGCUCGCGCACCGCCUCGUGAGCGCGUUAUCGGUGUGUUUAGUUCUGGUUAAAUAUCGGUGUUGAAGGAUGAACGGGAAGUCGGCGAACGGUGCGGCGAGCGGAGCUCCGGCCUGUAUCGAGGGUCUGCCGCCGCUGCCCAAGAGCCUGAGCGGCCUGCUGAACUCGAGCGGCGGAUCGUGGAGAGAGAUCGAGAGGAUGCACGCCAAGAAGGCCAUGAUCCAGGACGACCUGCGGAGAGGAGCGGCUCCGGUGGACCGGGCCCUCGCCACCAAACCGGCCAACCUGGACGCGGCGCUCGCGCUGCUCCGGAAAGAGAUGGUGGGUUUACGUCAGCAGGACAUGUCCCUCCUGUGCCAGCUCUGGUCCCUGCACGAGUCCAUCCAGGAGUACAAGGGCAGCUGUCAGGAGGCGGGGCCAGGGACCGACGCCAUGGACAACGGCUUCUUCGACGAGGACGACGAGUUCUACACAGACUCCGGUGUCACGCCCACCGAAACCCCGGACGAGAGCGAGGCCUCUCCGGCACGCAACGGGACGCCUGAUGACACGUGGCUACACGAUUCGUUACGGAUCGCCACGAGAACCUGAAACCUCUUUUCUCGGGUUUAGAGGCGGAGCUGUGACGCUGCUUCAUUGGGAUUGUUUUGUGUGUGUGUGUGUUUUUUAUCGCCAGCAGACUUUUUUUCUUUCCUAUAGAAAUAUAAACCCAGAUUUAUUUAUUAAUUAUAUAAACAGCAUAUAGCCGGGGUUUUUUUUUUGUUUUUUUUCCUGGACAUUUUAGAAUUUUAUAUAAGGUUGAGGGGCGGAGCUAUAUCUAUAUAUCAAUAUCUAUAGUAUUCACGUUUUAUGCUACAAAUUGUGUAUCGAGGCUCUUGGUAUUAUUUUUUUUUUUUUUUUGCAGGCUGAACUUCUGUUCAAAAAAUCCAGCAGACCUUCCGGAUUAAAAAAAAAAAUCCGGGUCUUGAGACGAUAUGAUUAAAUUACGAUGCUGGAAAGAGGAAACCCUUCCUACGUUCGUUACAUCCGUUCAUUUUUUACAGAAUCCGUUAUUUUUUUUUACCCCUGAUCCAUUACGUCCAGGCUUCGGUCUGGUCGAUGGAGGACUCUGGAGGAAGGACCUGAACUCGGAGCCUUCGCCGUUUGGGUAAAGUGUGUGUGUGUGUGUGUGUGUGUGUGUAUAUAUAUAUAUAUAUAUAUAUAUAUAUAUAUAAAAUAACUCCAGGUGUUACGCUUCUCCUCCUCCCCCCAUCCACCAUGAGGAACCUACGCCAUCAGGCGCCUUGGAAACCAAUCAGACUCGGUUUGACUCGCUUAGCUCACGUGAAAUUACACAAUCUUUCCGAAAAUAUUCCAUAGCAGGCGAUUAUUAUUGCUACUAUUAACCAAACGUAUGCAUAUUAAUAAGGGUGCUAGCGUGAAGUCUUCCAGCUCGUGUAUUUAGUGCAUGACGCCUUAAUCACAUCACCGACGAUCAUGAACAUGCCAACCAAAGACCAGCGCCAUGUUUAUAACGCAGCAUGGGUUUGUUUAUUCGCCUUUAUAACAGAGCUGGGCGAUAAACCAUGCUUCCAUUAACCAUUAUUUAAUGAUAAAUCAGAUGUUCAGUAUUGAGACCCGAUCGUUAUUAAGGGUUUAUUACUAAGAGCAGAUGCACGAGGCAAAAAAUAAAAAUGUUAUUAAUCCAUUUUUAUUCAUUUCAAUUGAAUCACGCUUUUAUUGAAGAUAUCUUAUCAACAUAAACAAUAAGAAAUCCGUGUAGAGGAAUCCGCUGUUUAUUUACAAAGGUGUUGUUUUAAUCCCGCCCCUUCUCUGCGUUCAUUGGCUGCCAGGCUUUACCAGCCAUUAACCAAUCAGAAUAGUUUCUGCUCUAGCGCUGGCGGGAUUUUUUUGAGAGCGUGUACAUAUCUAUAAAAGGCGACUUUAGUCCCGCGUCUUCUUUGCCUUCAUUGGCUGCCAGGCUUUACCAGCCAUUAACCAAUCAGAAUAGUUUCUGCUCUAGCGCUGGCGGGAUUUUUUUUGAGAGCGUGUACAUAUCUAUAAACGGCGACUUUAGUCCCGCCUCUUCUUUGCCUAUAUUGGCUGCCAGGCUUUACCAGCCAUUAACCAAUCAGAAUAGUUUCUGCUCUAGCGCUGGAGGGGAUGUUUCGAGAGCGUAUAUCUAUAGACGGCGACUUUAGUCCCGCCUCUUCUUUGCGUUCAUUGGCUGCCAAGUUUAGCCAAUAUCCAAUCAGAAUGCUUGCUGCUCCGUGGACGCGUUUAAAUGGAAAAAAUAAUAAUAUUAAAGUUAUUAUUAUGGUUUUUCUUUUCGCCCAGCUCUAUCAAUAUAAAGUAUUGCUCAUGUUGGUGAGAUUUAAUUCAGUGUGUAAUUCUGUGUGUAAAACGUUUUCGAGCAGGCGUGUGCUGAUAAAACGCUUUAAAACAUUUUUGUUGUUAUUAUUAGUUUAUAACGUGGUUUAAAGUAUUUUUCUGUAUUAUUGCGUAUCAUUUUGUUCGGUUUACGUUUCUCUUUCUUUAUUUUCUUUUUUGUUUCACCAAAAAAAAAAGUUUUUAAUGGAAGAUAAUAAUACGCCUAAAAUGUCAAACAAGUACAGUAUCUGAUUCGUAUCUAGAGAAAAAAGGAAGGUGAAAAAGUAGCAUCCUUUCAUCAAUACAGUGAAAUUACAGAUUUGUUUUAUUUAUUUAUUUAUUUGGAACACACUGUUUCAAUCAUAUCACCCUAUAAAUAAAUAAAAAAAUAAAUAAAUAAGGCAAGAAGCUGGCAUAAUUUUCUUUUCUUUUUUUUUCUGAAAAAGUUGAAUGUUUCCGAUUCGAUAAAUUCUUUUAUUUUAUUCUCUCCUUUUUAAGCGUAAAGUAUUUCUUUUCUAUAAUAAAGUAAUGUUUCAUUGCUAUUUAAUUUUUUUUUUAUUAUAAUAUAAAAAAAAAAGUAAACAAAUUAGAUUUUAAAAAAAGAAGAGUGCUAGCAUCAUUUUAAUCAUUUUUUCCCUCCUUUAGAAUGUAUACAUAUAUGAAUAUUUUUUCAGAUUUAAUUUUGAGAAAAGUUCUUUUACUCAAAUAUUUACCCGACAUUUUGUUAUCUUUCUUUCUUUCUUUCUUUCUUUCUUUCUUUUCGUUUGUUUUUUGUGUUAAAAAAAAAAAAUAGAAAAAUGAGACGCAAAAAAUAAUAAAGUUUAAAGAAACCUUUUUUGGUUAAUGCUAAAAUACGAAGAAGAAAAUAUUCUCAGAUUUGAGUAGCGUUUAUCAGCACAUGCCUGACUUGCGUAAACACACAGGAGGUUUUUGUAUGGAAUGAUUUGAUCAUUAUCAUCACACAGUGUCACUGUUUUACUUCUUGACCUCUGGACCGGUCUCACAGACUGAUCACGUAUCGUAGCACUUCACCGAUCAGCACGGAUCACUUAUAGUGCCUUUUCUCCAGGGCCUGGUGUCAACCCCAGGCUCUUCUCCUAAAGCUUUCGGAUUUUCAGAUGUCAGGAAUCGUCAGAAAUUUCUCCUGGAUCGGAUCGUAUGGAGAUGUACGACGUCUUCCAGCAUCUCUGGCUGGAUCCAAGCUUUCUGUUGCUCGUGGUUUUAUCUGUUAUUUGAACCUCAGUAGAGACUGAAGGAGGAAAUAAAACACUUCUCAAGAGGAAAGCUCACAGAAUGACCUCAGUACUGGACAUUUAGUGGAAAUGUUUGGGGUUUUUUAAAAAAAUGCUUUUUAUUUCAAACUUGUGUCAUUAUUAUUAUUAUUAUUAUUAAAGCAGCAAUUUAUAUCACA